GACCACCUUCUCAUUUCGAGCAUUUUCUCUUUUAAAAGUAUUCUAUACAAUUACCACACUAUAAUGAAAGUGAAGAGCCCCGAAACCAAGCCAAGCAAGUGUACCGUCAACAAGACAAUCGUUCCGGCAAGGAACAGAAUCAAGUACUCUGCUAGUCAGUUGAGGCAACUGGAGAAGGUAUUCGUGUCCUCUCAGUAUCCUGACAGCUCCAUCUUGGAGGAUCUCUCCAACACCAUCAACAUCGACGUAGAGAGACUAUCGAUCUGGUUCCAGAACCGCCGUUCCAAGUUCAAGCGUCAGUCUAAAGGUGCUCACGUAAACUGGAUGAGACAGCAACUGUAUCAACAAGGAACGUCACGGUCACGUGACGUAACGGCUACGGACGAGUGUCACGUGCUCACACCACCAACGACUUCCAAGAAAGAUGACGUGAAAGACAAACCCAAAUCAAACCUCCACUACCUACCCAGCACUGGACCCGGCUGCUCCUCAGUGACGGACUACGACCCCGUCUACAACCACCUGAUGUACCCAUCAUCACACAACGUCUACAGCGCACUCAGUGACGCAGUAUCCUGUGCAGGGCCUACCCAGAAUACACUCCACUACCCACAUCUGAUGACGGAAACAUCCUUCCAAGUCACACCAUGCCCGCAACAGUGGACAGAGUAUUCCAACCAGUCCAACUUCAGCUCUCCCGGAACUCCAUACUACCAGAAUUAUCUACCCCACUUCAACUUCCUAAGCGAUCAGAUGACAUUUCCCCAGAUAGGCGUCUAG